AUGUUGGACACCGAGUCAGCGGGAACUUUGGGGAGGAAUGAUGAGGGGAUAGAGAAGCAGGGAAGUAAGGAAGAUGCGGAGGGACCAGGGAAUGACAAGGUUCCUGUAGACACAGUGAGGACAAUUCUGUACCCUGUGGAUACACGGCCACCGAUACAUCUAAUGAUUCCGUUUGGAUUACAGCAAGCUUUCAUGACGAUUGGGGGUUCUUUGUCCCUCCCUUUUAUCUUGACCACUAUCUUCUGUCCAGAGAACGAAAGCGAGGUCCGGGCCCGGCUUCUUAGUAUCACUAUGUUUAUGUGUGGAAUCGCUACCAUUCUGCAGUGUGCUGUGGGUGUCAGAUUACCUAUUAUUCAGGGCGGAUCCAGCACUUUUGUCGCCCCAAUAGUGGUGAUGAUGACACUGGAUCGGUUUAAGUGUUCCGAACACGAUGAAAUUUCCUCUGGAAGCAACACAACAAACAUAAAUUGGGAAAUUAGGAUAAGAGAGGUCCAGGGUAACCUUAUCCUAGCCUCAUUGACGCAGGUCUUGGUUGGGGGUCUUGGUCUUAUUGGUUUGAUUCUGAGAUUUGUUGGACCUUUGACGAUCGCGCCCACGAUCUCCCUCAUAGGUCUUUCUCUGACCGGUGUGGUGGCUAGUUUCUGCGAAAAACAAUGGGGGAUAUCUCUACUAACGCUUGCAUUGUUGUUCCUGUUUUCAACAUUUAUAAACAAAGUUCACAUUCCGGUCCCAAGUUUUUCCAGAAAGGAGAAAUGUCACGCUACCAGACUUCCAAUUUUCCAAUUAUUUCCGGUUGUUCUAACUAUUGCUGUCGUGUGGCUAUUUUCCUUUAUUUUGACUGAGACUGACGUUUUACCUAAGAACAGCACUGAGCCAGCAUUCAAGGCCAGAACAGAUUCCAAAGUCGGCAUUUUGUACGAGACUCCAUGGUUCAGUUUUCCCCUCCCAUUUCCCUUUGGAAUGCCAACAUACAGCAUUGCUGGAUACAUGGGAAUGCUGGCUGCAACCAUAUCGUCCAUUUUUGAAUCAGUCGGAGAUUAUUUUGCGGCUGCAAGGAUGUCGGAAGCAACUCCUCCACCAGUGCACGCAAUCAAUAGAGGCAUCGCUAUAGAGGGCGCGUCUAGUAUUGUUUCCGGUAUUAUGGGGGCGGGGCACGCCACUACGUCAUACAGUAGUAAUAUUGGAAUCAUUGGCAUAACAAAGAUAGCUAGUAGAGCGGUGUUUGUAACAGCUGGACUAAUCCUUAUAUUGUGUGGCUUGGUUGGAAAAGUAGGAGCCAUACUAGCCCUUAUACCAGACCCGAUUAUCGGAGGAACUCUCUUACUAGGCUUAGGUAUGGUCGCCUCCGUAGGAAUUUCUGUGUUACAGUUUUGCGAAAUGUUUUCGACAAGAAAUUUAGCCAUUUUGGGCGUGUCCUUUCUGAUGGGUCUAAUGAUUCCGCAGUGGCUUACUGAACACAGUGACAUAGUCAAAACAGGUUCCAUGGACUUGGAUCAGGUGAUCAAAGUGCUAUUCGGAACAGCUUCUUUUACAGGAGGGUUUAUUGGGUUUCUAUUAGAUAACAUAAUUCCAGGUACGGAGUACGAGAGGGGGAUAAAGCGCUGGAUUGCUGUACAAGAUUCUUCACUGCAGAACGACCAGUCAGUUUAUUCGUUUCCUUUUUUGACAAAAUACCUGGAUAAAGUGAUGUGUUGUACAUACUGUCCAUUGUCCCCAACCUUUACAUCUUCAAGGCCGCGAUGUGUCACGGAGAAGUACAAUAUUAACACAAAGAGGGACGUUGUUGAUGUUCAACUGAAGGAAGUGAAGACACUUUAAUCGCUAGUUUAUAUGUUGAAGUGUGAUAUUUUUUCCCAUGCACUACUUUUAUUGUAUAUCAAACGGAAUAACAAAACCAUGGCUGAGGUGGUAUUUCUAGAUAUUUUAAUCAUACCCUUCCUUUUGUGGAUUGAAUCUCGUUUAGUAAUACCAGUCAUGUCAUGUUUUUAUCCUAGAGUUUAGCUAUACCACUCCUAUUUUGGUGUGUGUCUCAUAGAGUUAAGUGAUAUCAGUCCUGCUGUGGUGUAUAUAGUUUAGUGAUAUUAGUCCUGCGCUGGUGUGCAUACUUUAGUUAGUUGUACCAGUUCUGCUGUGGUAUGUUUAAUUUAGUAAUAUCAGUCCUGCUGUGACAGUGUUGUGUAUACCUUGCCUAUAAUUAUAUGUUCUGAUGUGUACUUUUAGUAUUCCAACAAUUUCUGUUUUUACAAUUUGUGUCUCCAGGCUUAGAUUAUUAAUACCAUUGGCAUACGUUUUUAAGGGUAUGUUUUACCUACCACUCUUCCUGUGGUGUGUGCCUCUAGGAGUUAAAAAAAUCACAUUCUUUUGUUGUGUGUAUAUUAUGAAUUUUGCAUUUCUUAGCAUAAUCACACUUUUGCUGUUUUGAUGUGUAUUUCUCCUACCACUCCUACCACUCCUUCUGUGAUAUGUGCCUCUAGGAGUUAAGUAAUUCAUGCAAUUCUGAUAUUAUGAAUAACAUACUUUUUUCAGUUUAUUCCUAAGUAAUCAUACCAUAGCUUUAUUUCUUACGAGUUUCUCUUUUCUUCCACUCCUGUUGUGGUGCCUAGAGGAGUUAGGGCAACGUACCGUUUUGUUACAGUGUCUAUUCUCAGAGUUAAGAAUACAGUUGCUUAUGUGAUGUAAAUUUUUAAGAGUUAAGAAAUCAUAGCUCUCCCAUUACCGUGUUUGUCCCUCACGAGUUGUUAUGAUACUUUCGUAUUUCUACAUUUCGAGAAAUUGUUUCUUUUAGGUAGUACAUGUAUAAAACUUCCAUGAAAUCUGUUUUAACUCAUUUCUUAUCAAGUACACUAAGAAAAAAGAAUAAUAUCACUAUAAUGUCAAUAAUCAAAGAUCUUUGUAAUAAAGAUAAUAAGCUGUGAUAUGUUUUUGCCAUAUUUGUUGAAAAUUAGAGAUAUCUCAUAUAUUGGUCAUUCGGGAGCCUAUAUUUUAGAAUGUUUUUAUGCCAUCUACAUGCGAUAUGACAGUCUGAUAUUGAAUGCAAAGUAACUUUUGAUCCACUUA